AUGGAGAACCUUCUGGAAAGGUUCGAAGAUAUGGUGAUGACUUCAUUAGUUGAAGUGAAUGUGAAAUUGGAGACAAUGGAAAAGCGGCUUGAUUGUAUUGAGAAGAAGCAACGUUUUUUAAAACAGAAGGUUAUGAAGAUGAAAGCAAUGGAGAAGCGUCUUGAUUCCAUUGAGAAAGGCCAAGGUGUCAAGAAAAACAAGGACAUUGGUUUUGAUAACCAAGACAUGGGUUUUGACAACCAAGGAAUGGAUUUUUACUGCGAUUUUAACAGAAAAGGUGUUGAGGAAGAUAAAGAAGAUGUGGAGGAAAAUAAAGAAGAAGAAGAAGAAGAGGAUCAGACAUAUGAUGCAGAAAUGGUUGAUGAGAAAAAGAUGAAACCGAGGCAGAUGAAAACAAGGAGACUGAGGAGGAGAUCAGUGAGACUCAGGCUGAGGAAGAGAUUAGUGAGACUCGGGUUGAGGAACAGAUCAAGCUAUGAUGGAACUCCUCAUCCUCCUGUUGUGGAUCAGACGGAUGAAACUCCUCCUGCUCAUGUUCUUGUUCAGACGGAUGGAACGGCUGGAACUCAUUCUCCUGUUGUGGAUCAGACAUAUGGAACUCCUCCGGCUGGAAAUCCUCAUUCUCCUGUUACACCACUACGUGGUAGGACAAAGGCAAUGGCCAAGAGGACAGGAGGACUAGGUACACCAAUUGGUAAAAGGGUACGUGUACCAUCACAGUGCCUUUCCUCUCCUUUCAUGGAAAUGAAUAUCGAUGAGAUCGAAGGGCCAAAGAAGAAGCCUAAAACCAAGGCUUAG